GGGGGGCCCUGCCUCUAAAAUGAGUCUCACUGGGGAGAGAGAGGAGGGGGGCCCUGCCCUAAAAUGAGUCUCACUGGGGAGAGAGAGAAGGGGGGCCCUGCCUCUAAAAGGAAUGUCUCUGGGGAACAUGGCACCAAAUCUAAGAGACCAAUCAAGCAGGAGAGACCAGCCACCCCUGUACCCAGCUGUGUGUCCAUGAAGAGUGACCGGUCUAUGGAACCUCCUAUAAUGUUUAGAGAGGAAGACUUUUCUACUGAACAAAGACCAAUCCAGCAGGAGAGACCAGCCUCCCCUGUUCCCAGCUGUGUGUCCAUGAAGAGUGACCAGUCUAUGGAUCCUCCUCUAUACUUUCGAGAGGGAGACGUAUCUACUGAACAAAGAAACCAACAGGAGAGAUCAGAGUCAGAGAUUCUCAGUGGUCAGUCUUCCCAGAGUCAUCAAACAGACCUGGCCUCCAUAUUCAGUUUGCUUGAAGAGAAAAUUAUGACAUUUGUGAAGAACGAGCUGAAGAUGUUCAAGAGGAUUCUUAGUCCAGAACUCCCAGGAGGCUUUGAGAGUCAGAUUCAGGAUGAGGAAGUGGUGGAUGCUGAAGAUGAGCAGCAGGAGAGCAGUGCCAGAGAGGGGGCUCUGAAGAUCACACUGCACAUCCUGAGGAAAAUGAACCAGAAGGAGCUUGCUGACACACUGGAGAAAAAUUCAGAUGAUCCUGCUGUGAUUUGCCAACGUGAACUCAAAUCUAAUCUAAAGAAGAAGUUUCAAUGUAUAUUUGAGGGGAUCGCUAAACAAGGAAACCCAACACUUCUCAAUAAGAUCUACACAGAGCUCUACAUCACAGAGGGUGGAACAGGAGAGGUCAAUAAUGAACAUGAGCUGAGACAGAUUGAGACAACAACCAGGAAACAAGCAAGACCAGAGACUGCAAUCAAAUGUAACGACAUCUUCAAACCCUUAACUGGACAAGACAAACUUAUCAGAACUGUGCUGACAAAGGGAGUCGCUGGCAUUGGAAAAACAGUCUCUGUGCAGAAGUUCAUUCUGGACUGGGCUGAAGGAAAGGCAAAUCAGGAUGUCCAAUUUGUAUUUUCAUUCCCUUUUCGGGAGCUGAAUUUGAUGAAAGAGGACAAACACACUUUCAUUGAACUUCUCAAUCACUUCUCAAUGGAAACUAAACAAUCAGGAAUCUCCAGCUAUGACAAAUACAAAGUUCUGUUCAUCUUUGAUGGUCUGGAUGAGUGCCGACUGCCCCUAGACUUCCAGAAGAACAAGAUCUGUUGGGACGUCACAGAGUCAACCUCAGUGGAUGUUCUGCUGACAAAUCUCAUCAAGGGAAAUCUGCUUCCCUCUGCUCUCCUCUGGAUAACUACCCGACCUGCAGCAGCCAAUAAGAUCCCUUCAGGGUGUGUCGACCAGGUGACAGAGGUAAGAGGGUUCAAUGACCCACAGAAGGAGGAGUACUUCAGGAAGAGAUUCAGUGAUGAGGACCUGGCCAGCAGAAUCAUCUCACACAUAAAGACAUCAAGGAACCUCCACAUCAUGUGCCACAUUCCAGUCUUCUGUUGGAUUUCUGCAAUAGUCCUUGAACACAUGCUGAAACAUAAGAGAGAAGAGAUGCCCAAGACUCUGACUGAGAUGUACACACACCUUGUGGUGUUUCAUACCAAACAGAAGAAUGCAAAGUAUCUUGGGAAAGAAGAGACAGGUCCACACUGGAAUAAAGAGAGCAUUCUGUCACUGGGAAAACUGGCUUUUCAACAGCUUGUGAAUGGCAAUCUGAUUUUCUAUGAAGAAGAACUGAAAGAGGCUGGCAUUGAUGUCAAUGAAGCCUCAGUGUAUUCAGGAUUGUGCACACAGAUCUUUAAAGAGGAAUGUGGGCUGUACCAGGACAAGGUGUACUGCUUCGUGCAUCUGAGCAUUCAGGAGUUUCUGGCUGCUGUAUAUGUGUUCCUCUCAUUCAUCAACAACAAUGAGAAUCUGAUGGACAAACCUCAGUCAAUGGCCAGGAACUUUUGUGCACUGUUAUAUGACAAGCCUAAAGUUACUGUCUACAAGAGUGCUGUGGAUAAAGCCUUACAAAGUGAGACAGGAAACCUGGACCUUUUCCUCCGCUUCCUUCUGGGCCUCUCACUGGAGUCCAAUCAGAAGCACUUACGAGGUCUACUGACAAAGACAAGAAGCAUCUCAAAGACCCAUGAAAAAACAGUCAAUUACAUCAAGGAGAAGAUCAGGGAGAAUCCCUCUCCAGAGAGGAGCAUCAAUCUGUUCCACUGUCUGAAUGAACUGAAUGACCAUUCUCUAGUGGAUGAGAUCCAAAGAUACCUGAGAUCAGGAAGUCUCUCAAAACCCAACCUGUCACCUGCACAGUGGUCAGCUCUGGUCUUUGUGUUGCUGACUUCAGAAAAGGAGCUGGAUGUGUUUGACCUGAAGAAAUACUCCAGAUCAGAGGAGGGUCUUCUGAGGCUGCUGCCAGUGGUCAAAGCCUCCACAGUUGCUCUGCUGUCAGGCUGUGGAGUCACAGAGGAAGGCUGUGCUUCUCUGGUCUCAGCUCUGGAGUCAAACCCCUCACACCUGAGAGAGCUGGAUCUGAGUAACAAUGACCUGAAGGAUUCAGGAGUGAAGCUGCUCUCUGCUGGACUGGGGAAUCCCCACUGUAAACUGGAGACUCUGAGGCUGUCAGGCUGUCUAGUCACAGAGGAAGGCUGUGCUUCUCUGGUCUCAGCUCUGAGGUCAAACCCCUCACACCUGAGAGAGCUGGACCUGAGUAACAAUGACCUGAAGGAUUCAGGAGUGAAGCUGCUCUCUGCUGGACUGGGGAAUCCCCACUGUAAACUGGAGACUCUGAGGCUGUCAGGCUGUGGAGUCAAGAUGGAAGGCUGUGCUUCUCUGCUGUUAUUGGUAAUGUCAGCUCUGAGGUCAAACCCCUCACACCUGAGAGAGCUGGACCUGAGUAACAAUGACCUGAAGGAUUCAGGAGUGAAGCUGCUCUCUGCUGGACUGGGGAAUCCCCACUGUAAACUGGAGACUCUGAGGCUGUCAGGCUGUCUAGUCACAGAGGAAGGCUGUGCUUCUCUGGUCUCAGCUCUGAGGUCAAACCCCUCACACCUGAGAGAGCUGGAUCUGAGCUACAAUCACCCAGGAGACUCAGGAGUCAGACUGCUCUCUGCUGGACUGGAGGAUCCACACUGCAGACUGGAGAAACUCAAUGUGGAACAUGGUGGAGAGAACAGAAUGAAACCUGGGCUUAGAAAAUAUGUCUGUGAUCUCACACUGGACCUAAACACAAUAAACAGACUCCUCUCUCUGUCUGAGGAGAACAGAAAGGUGACACGGAGGAGAGAGGAGCAGCCGUAUCCUGAUCACCCAGAGAGAUUUGAGGACUGGGAACAGGUGCUGUGUAGAGAGGGUCUGACUGGGCGUUGUUACUGGGAGGCAGAGUGGAGUGGGAGAGGGGCUAGAAUAGGAGUGACAUAUAAAGGAAUCAGCAGGAGAGGAAGAGCAGGGGGUAAGGACUGUCUUAUUGGAUACAAUGACAAGUCCUGGAGUCUGACCUGCUAUGACAACAAUUACACUGCCUGGCACAAUAGUAAUCCCACUACCAUAGACGUCCCCUCCUCCAGCCCCCACAGAGUAGGAGUGUAUCUGGACUGGCCAGCCGGCACUCUGUCCUUCUAUAGAGCCUCCUCUGACACACUGACCCACCUGUACACAUUCACCUCCACAUUCACUGAGCCCCUCUACCCAGCGUUUAGGGUUUGGGAUAAUGACUCCUCCUCAGUGUCCCUGUGUCAGUUGGUUCCUGUGUCAAACACAACAUGAUGUUUCACUCUAGUCAUGGGUUUUAUGUUUGAUCAGAAUAUGACCCUUAAAUACAUAGAGUAACAAACACCAAUUUGGGUUCAUUCCUUUAAAUAGUAACUCUGUGUCUGUCUCUUUCUGUGAUCCUGAGAGAAUGGUUCAGACGCACCACACACACACUUGACACACACACACACACACACACACACACACACACACACACACACACACACACACACACACACACACACACACACACACACACACACACACACACACACACACACACACACACACACACACACACACACACACACACACACACACACACACACACGGAACCUUUUAGUUGUACGUAUCCACAUAACUGAGUAUGUGACUGACCUUGUGAAACUGUUAUAAUGUCCUGUUCUUGGGAGUAAAAUCCUGUGUUGUCAACCAGCUGUCCGACUCACAAAAUAACUUGAACCCGACAAUAAAAAGAAGGAAACAGAGGCAACAGAGGGAGAAGGGUAAGCGUGCCUUUCUCCUUAUGGACAAACUCUUCAUAGAUGGACAGCUAUUCCGAGACUGCUCCAUAACACCAUGGCUGUACUAAAUUCUACAGGGACUUCAGGUUACGAAAAAAAGAAAGUAUGGGAACU